ACAUAAUAUUAUGUUUGUUAUCCAUGAAAUUAGAAGGUUAAUCGAAGGCAACUCUGUACAGCGUCAUCUAUAUUUUUUUGGGAAACAUAGCCUGGAAAAUCCCUCUCGGGGAUUUUGGUUUGGUAAAUGGGCAUUGGCAAUUGGCAAUCCUGCGGUCCUGUCAAGUCAAGCAGUGACAGUGACAUUGACAUAAUUAUCAUGCCGAGCAUUUCUGUGCCCAUUUGUUGAAUCGAAUGCUCCAAAAGAAUAAAAUUUGAUAUCAUAGCUAAGAUUUUAAUGCAGAACUUACUUGCGCCACGACAAUGUGGACUACAAAAACAUUUUUGACUAAAACGAAACGCGGAAACAUUCUGAAGAUCGUUCGCGAGCAUUACCUGCGCGAUGACCUGCUGUGUGGGUCAGCUGCCUGUGGCAUCUGCCCUCACAAAGACGACGAGUUUGUUCUCGACGCCAAGCCGCCGUCUAUAUGCGCGCUCUUCGAAGACCCACACUACUUAGUACUGGACACAAAUGUGAUUCUGCACCAGAUAGAUGUUUUGGAAGAGGAUGCUCUUACUGAUGUUAUCAUACUACAAACUGUACUAGAAGAAGUGAAGCAUCAGAAUACAGCCAUAUUUCAACGACUUCUUGAAAUAAUUGGCAAUAAGAAAAGAAGGUUUUAUUCAUUUGUAAAUGAACAUCAUAAAGACACUUAUGUGGAGAGGAAUCCAGGAGAAAAAGUCAAUGACAGGAAUGACCGAGCUAUUCGUAGAGCAGCAUCCUGGUAUGCAUCACAUUUGUCUGCUAACAAGCCAACAAGUCAAUGUGUGCAGAUUGUGUUGCUGACAGACGACGAAAAUAAUAGAAAACAGGCUAUUGAAGAGGGAAUUGUUUCUUGCACAGUUAAAGACUAUAUUGAGAAUGUAAAUGGCUUUCCUGGCCUUGUGGACAAAUUGUCUAAGAAUGUGAUACCAGAGAGUGUUUCUAAGGAUGCUCUGUAUCCUGCACAUUUGACACCAAACCAAAUUCAUGCUGGCAUUCGAGGUGGCCAGUUAUAUCAAGGAACAUUCCAUGCCUCCAGAGAUAACUUCUUGGAAGCCACUGCUGUUGUCAAUGGAUUUGAAAAGCCGAUUCUUUUACAAGGCCACAUUGGCAUCAAUCGGGCAGUAGAUGGCGAUGUGGUUGCUAUAGAAAUAUUCCCAGAGUCAGAGUGGAGGAAACCCAGUGACAUUGUCCUGGAGGAUAAGGCAGAUGACCCUGGGGACCUGUUGGAGGAAGAGGCGGUGUUGCUAAACGCUACUAAAUUGGAAAAAGUCACUGAUGACGAAAUUACUCCCACUGGGAAAGUUGUGGGCAUUAUCAGAAGGAAGUGGAGACAAUACUGCGGUAUUCUCAUGCCAAAUAGAUUUCCAGGUGCGGUGCGUCAUUUGUUCUGCCCGGCUGAGAAGCGCAUUCCGCGCGUGCGCAUAGAGACUCGUCAAAGCGACGUGCUGGCGGCGCAGCGGAUACUGGUAGCGCUUGACUCGUGGCCUAGGAACAGUCGAUACCCUCUCGGACACUUCGUCAGGGCUUUAGGACCUAUUGGCGAUAAAGACGCGGAGAAUGAAGUGAUCUUGUUGGAACACGACGUGCCACACGCGAGGUUCAGUGAAGCCGUGCUCGCGUGUCUGCCGCCGGAUGACUGGACUAUACCGCCUGAGGAAAUAAAGAAACGCGUGGAUCUGCGUUCGAUCUGCAUCUGCUCCGUGGACCCUCCGGGCUGCACGGAUAUCGACGACGCCCUGCACGCGCGACCCAUUGAGGGCACCACUGAUACCGGGCUCAAGAAGUUUGAGGUGGGAGUCCAUAUAGCAGAUGUGACGUACUUCGUGCGUCCUGAUACCGCAUUGGACAAAGAGGCGGCCUCGCGGUCCACCACCGUGUACUUAGUGGACAAGAGGAUAGACAUGGUGCCAGAUCUCCUCAGUUCCAAUUUAUGUUCGCUUCGCGGAGGCGAAGAGAGGUUGGCAUUCUCCUGUGUUUGGGAAAUCGAUGAAAACGCCAACGUUUUAUCGACUAAGUUCCACAAGAGCGUUAUCAAGUCAGCAGCGGCUAUGACGUACGAGGAGGCGCAAAUUGCCAUAGACGAUUCGAGUCGCCAUGACGAGAUAGCGCGCUCGUUGCGCACGCUGAACGCGCUUGCCAAGAAGCUCAAACAACGCCGCCUGGACAACGGAGCGCUGUUACUAGCCUCACCUGAGAUACGCUUCCAGGUGGAUUCAGAAACACACGACCCGGUAGAGGUGCAAGCGAAGAAGAUAGUGGACACUAACUCUAUGGUGGAAGAGUUCAUGUUGCUCGCGAACGUGUCGGUGGCCGAGAAGUUGGCUGCAGAGUACCCGCAGUGUGCGCUGCUGAGGCGGCACCCCGCGCCGCCGCCCGCCAACUUCCAUACCUUCCUGAAAGCUGCUAGACAACAGGGCUUCGAAUUAGACGUGUCGACGAACAAGUCGUUCUCCAAGUCUCUGAGCGAGGCGGUGAUUCCGGAGCGGCCGUUCUUCAACACUCUGCUGCGCAUCAUGGCGACGCGCUGCAUGCAACAAGCUCAGUACUUCUCCAGCGGCUCCAGGACACAGGACGAGUUUUAUCAUUACGGACUCGCUUGUCCUAUAUACACGCACUUCACCUCCCCGAUCAGAAGGUACGCGGACGUGAUCGUGCACCGGCUGCUGGCGGCGUGCGUGGGCGCCGACGUGACGCACGCCACGCUGCUGGACACGCGGCGCGCGGACGCGCUCUGCGACAACCUCAACUACCGCCACCGGCAGGCGCAGUACGCGGGCCGCGCCUCCGUCGCGCUCAACACCCAUAUCCUGUUCAAGGAUAGAGUGGAGAUAGAGUCGGCGGUGGUGUUAGCAGUUAAACGGAACGCGCUGCAAGUGCUUAUACCCAAGUACGGACUGGAGAGGCCGCUACUGCUGCCUAGUGACAAGUUCUCAUACAAUGAAGAGGAACAUCUACAAAGAUGUGGCGAUGUGGUACUGAGGACAUUUGAUGAGAUAACAGUCCGUCUAUCCCUGGACAGCACCAACCUACAACAUAGGAAACUCGUCUUCCAAUUGGUCAAGCCUCACGUCCCUGGAUUCAGCUACGUACCCGGGCAAGAGGAUACACCAGAAAGUAUGGAGGUGGAAGAAAUCAAAGACAGUAAAGAAAGUAAGAAAAGAAAAGAAGAAGUAAAAGAAACUAAGAGUAAGAAGAAACCUAAAAAGAAGUAGUACAAGUAUGUAUAAAUAAAUGUUCUUUUUUACU